UCCACCAGUGUUGUUUACAAAAUUGAUCGGAAUGUCCGAUUGACAUGAUUGAUUUACAACUUUAAGUAAAAUAACAUAAUUCUGAUGAAUUUAAUUAAGAAAAAAUAAUUGUUUAUUUAUCUUUUUUAAUUGAGAGUAAUAUACUGUUAUUCGUUGGAUGGAUUUGAAUAUGAAUGUUUAAAUGUUUAUGUUAUUUGUUGGAUUCAAAACUAUACUUCUUGAUAUUGAGGUUAAAUAGUCUACUUAAAUAUGAUGAAUUUUCAAUUUGUUUGGAAUGUUGUCUUUUAUUUAAACGUGAAUUCCUCUGUCUAGUCAUUAUUUUAACUUUGUUUUCGUUAAUUUGCAACUUUUCAUAACAACGUUAUUGUUGCAACUUUAUUACUUCGUGAUCCACUAGACAUCUUACCCUCCUUUCUUUGCCUUAUCAUUUUUACUAAUUCACCAUAACUUUUUACUUUGCUUAUAAUGUUGAACCUAAUCAAGUUGUUUCUUUCGACUUUGUCAGGUUCCGACCUAAUCACGGUGUAGUCAACAUUGGUUCCAUCUCUCUAACAUUGAAAUACAUAUUGUUCUAACAUUAAAAAUUCUCAUCUCGAUUGAAUGAUGUCUUGAAGUAUUGUGCUCAAGGCUCCUAAAAGAAGUAAUUUAAGUGUGUCCUACAACCUUUUAUCGAGAACAUAUGUUCGUUGGUUAGGGUUGUGUUAUGGUAGUUUUGUUAACCAUGACUUUCCUUUAAAAGAUUCACCUUUCUCUAGGUUUCACAUCCUCAUCCCUCAUGUCAACCAACUUGACACUGAUAAUCUCUUCAAAGGAAUUGGUGGAUACGUUUAAAUUGCACUUUUUUCCUAACUCCAUCACGAAUCGGAUAAAACAUAGUUGUUCGAAGUCGACCUCCAGAUUUUUUACGCCUCGACCUGAAUUGUUGCUCUUGGGGUCCUUGAUUGAGACUUCACCUAUUAAUCUUUGUAUAUAUAUUGAAAUUUCUUCAAUGGCUUCCUUUCACCCUCUCUAUCACAGUCGUUAGAUCGCAAACAUAUGUUCUUAAGGAUCUCCUACAGGUAAAUAUGUAACUUACCCUAGAAAAGCUAAAUAAACAUUGAGCUCACGAUUCUCUACACACUUCCGUAUUCCAGUGCAACUUCACAGUGACCAAGAAAUUCAUCAUAUUUACCGAUGAGUUGUGCCGAUGCUCAUCUUAACUUUUCACCUUUCCCAAUAUUCAUUUCGCUACUUCGUCAAAAGAUCAUCAAUGAAGAGGAGGAGCUCUAUCUCCUCUUUCUUCUCUAUCGUCAUAAUUUUCAUCCACUUAGGGCGCCCGCCUGCAACAACAGGAGAGUACUGCCACAUUCCGUCACUUGCACUUUGGAGCUACAGUGACAUAGAGGGCCCAGGUGCCGUAGCGGGAACUGAUACGAACAAAAAUAAGGAAAAGCCAACUACUCGUUUGGAAUUUGAGUGAGCACAGUGAUCUCCCCCCACUUCCAGAAAAGAAGAAAGGCAACAACUUCCUCCGUAAGGCGACACACCUGCAGAAAGGCAAGGGAUGAAGAAGGUCCUUCCAGGGCAAGGUAAUCGGAUUCCUCUUGCAUAUAACGUGCAUUUCCCCCCCUCUCACAUUCUCGUCUCACACCCAUCUUGACUUGCUCCUUCUCUGCGCACACAUCCUUUCUGUGCCUCUGUUUCUGUUUUUGAUCUUGCUGCCGGCCUCAGUCAGACCUCGUGCCCCGCCCCCUUUUGGCUAGAUCUCACUGCAAAUAGGUCAGUUAUCGUUCCCCCUUUCCAAGAUCCUGCCUUUUCCUAGUUCAUCAUGAAAUCUUUACCAUGCUUUUCGCUCGAGAAUUUUGUGUGAUGGGUUUUGCUUUUUUGGUUAUUCUGCUGCUUGUUCUGAAAUGGGUUUGAUGGGUUCUGGUGAUCUGUUUGGAUUCUUGGGAAAGAAUUGGCAUUUGUUUUGCUCUUUCCCAGUUUCGUUGGUUCAUCAUCUGCUCAAAUUUGAAUGUCUUUGGCUUCUGAAUCCUAGGGGUAAUUCAGGAUUAUGUUAGGUGUUGUGUAAGUAAAUGCGCAACAUUGAAACUAGGGCAUUUAGUCUUGUAAACCCCACACCAAUUGCUUACCAAAUUAUCUAUUUUAUCUGCGAGUAUAUUUCUGUUUCGCCAAUUGCAAGUCUUGCAUAUUUCUAAUUCACAAACUGGAGGGGAGAAGGUGGAGAUAAUUGAAGUUAAUAGGAGUAAUGUGAGAAUGGCCUGCCGAGAACCGCAUGAUUUGGUUGUCUUAAUGUGUUCUAUUCAAUUGUAUGCCUGAAUAUCACGCCUCAACAACUAGCCUUCUGCGAAGUAGGGCUUGAAUUUUCACACUAUUUCUAUCCUUGUUUGUUGGAUAGCUAUCUAGAGGCAAUUGAAAUUGGAAUGAACUUAUAUGCUUUAUGAGUUAUGAUCAGUGGCAAUUGAAAUUGGAAUGAACUUAUAUGCUUUAUUCCUUUUUGGCUAUGCUUAAUGCUUAUAGGUUUGUUUAUGUUUUGACUGCCAAGGUGAUAUAUUCACAACUGAUAAUCAUGUAAAACGAUCUGUUCAUUUUUGUGAUCUGCAUUGAAACAAUAAAGCUUCUUGAAUUCUAACUUGUAUUGAUACUCAAUAGGUAACCAGUUACUAGCAUCGUCUGACUCUCCUGAGAAGGAAUGGAUUCAGAAAAGAGUGCCGCACAGACUGUGGUAACUCAGGUCAGCAUUGGAGGAUUUGACAUUGAUGUCAAAGCAAAUGAUCUUGUCAAGCAUCUUGAAGACAAGAUUGGACAAGUUUGGCGAUGCAGACUGAAGGCCUCAUGGACCCCUCCAGAGUCCUAUCCUAAAUUUGACAUCAUCGAACCAAAUGGCAUCCAAGUAAUGGACACCUACAAGCGAGUGGUGCCCCAUGCAUUUGUCCAUUUCGCAUUGCCCGAGUCAGCAAGUGCCGCCAUGGAUGCUGAAGGAAGAGGCCUGCUCACAUUCAGAGAUGUUCCUUUGAAGGUUAGCCUGGGGCCUGAAAACCCAUUUCGGCUCAACCAAAGAAGAAGAACUUCAACUCCUUUCAAGAUCCCCGAUGUGCAGCUCGACAUUGGAACCCUUGUCAGUCGGGAGGAGUUCUUUGUAGGCUGGAAAGGACCUGAUUCUGGUCUCGAUUUUCUGGUUGACCCUUUCGACGGGACGUGCAAAUUCUGCUUCACCAGGCAGACGUACUUCUCCUUCAAAAAUUCUCCCGAGCAUGCAGUGCUCAAUUGUGAUUACAAGAUGGAGUUCUUGGUGAGAGACAUAUUUGAAAUCAAACAGUACACAGAGAGAACAUGCUUGGUUAUACUGUUGCAGUUAGCUGCAGCUCCACAUGUCUGGUAUAGAACUGCUGAUGAUGACAUUGAAGUAUCCGUUCCAUUCGAUCUGUUGGAUGAUGAUGACCCUUGGAUCAGAACCACCGACUUCACCCCAAGUGGCGCUAUUGGCCGGUGCAACUUUUAUCGACUCUCUGUUAGACCACGCCACGGUGCCAAGUUGAAGAAGGCCAUGACUUUUCUUAGAGAAAGGAGGGUGCAGGACUAUUCCCUUCAGAGACCUCUUAAGAUCUUGGAUGAGCCUGAGUUCGGGGCACCCCUAUUGGAUGUCUUCUUCUCUAUUCAUAACAACUAUCCAGGGGUCUCUUUCGAACAAAUGUUCCUGGUGAACGCCGUCAUGCAUAAAGGAAUAUUCAGUCAGCACCAGCUGUCAGAAGAGUUUUUCAAUGCACUGAGAAAGCAACCUGCAGAGAUCAAUGUUGCUGCUCUAAAGCACAUUUGUUCUUACAGACAUCCUGUCCUUGAUGAUGCUACUGAGCGGCUAAAACUCGUCCAACGGUGGGUUUUGAAGAACAAUGCUAAUAGUUCUGUCAAGAGCAAUACCCGGUUGGAAGACCUUGCUGAAAUCAGGAGGUUGGUAAUUACCCCAACUCGAGCCUAUUGCCUUCCUCCUGAAGUCGAGCUCUCCAAUAGAGUGUUGAGGAAGUACAAAGACGUUGCUGAUCGUUUUCUGAGAGUCACUUUCAUGGACGAGGGCUUGCAAACGAUGAACUCGAAUACGUUCUCGUACUAUGUAGCUACCAUCGUGAGAGAAAUCACCUCAAACCCAUUUCCUCAGAAGACCACCAUUUUCAAAAGGGUUCGAAGUGUUCUCAUUGAUGGAUUCUAUCUGUGCGGUCGAAGGUACUCUUUCUUGGCUUUCUCGUCAAACCAAUUGAGAGAUCGUUCAGCAUGGUUCUUCGCCGAUCAUGAAACCGUUAACACGAGCCGUAUAAGAGAAUGGAUGGGUAAGUUCAAUAAUAGGAAUGUUGCAAAAUGCGCUGCCCGAAUGGGUCAGUGUUUCUCCUCCACUUAUGCAACUGUGGAGGUUCCAUCAGACGAGGUCAACGACAUGCUUCCUGAUAUUGAGAGAAAUGGCUAUAAUUUUUCUGAUGGCAUUGGGAUGAUAGCGCCUGACCUAGCCCAGGAAGUCGCGAUCAGAUUGAAACUAGAUGCUGAUCCACCAUGUGCUUACCAGAUCAGAUUUGCCGGCUGUAAAGGUGUGGUGGCUUGCUGGCCUGCAAAAGACAACGACAAAAGAUAUCGUUUGUCUUUGAGACCCAGCAUGAACAAGUUCAUCUCCACUCAUUCUACUCUGGAGAUAUGCUCUUGGGCUAGAUUCCAGGCAGGGUUUUUGAACAGGCAAAUAAUCACUCUCCUGUCGACUCUUGAUGUUCCUGAUACUGUGUUCUGGGACAUGCAGCAGAGGCAGUUGUCUCGACUGAACCAAAUGCUCGUCGAUGUAGAUGUGGCGUUCGAUGUUCUCACAGCAUCUUGCGCCGAGCAAGGAACUGUUGCUGCACUAAUGCUGAGUGCAGGUUUCAAGCCACAAACGGAACCCCAUUUGAGAGGCAUGCUGACUUCCAUUAGAGCUUCGCAGCUCUGGGGGUUGAGGGAGAAGUCGAGAAUCUUCGUCGAAAGUGGGAGAUGGUUGAUGGGUUGUCUUGACGAGCUAGGUGUGCUCGAGCAAGGGCAAUGCUUCAUCCAAGUCUCCAAACCGUCUCUCAAGAAUUGUUUCUUGAAGCAUGGUGAGAGGUUUCAGGGUAGUAAGAAAGAUCUUCAUGUGGUGAAGGGCACUGUGGUCAUAGCUAAGAACCCUUGUCUUCAUCCUGGAGAUGUGAGGGUGCUGGAAGCAGUUGAUGAUCCUGGUUUGCACCAUUUACAUGAUUGCCUUAUUUUCCCUCAGAAGGGUGAGAGACCACAUACAAAUGAGGCCUCUGGUAGUGAUCUCGAUGGUGACCUGUAUUUUGUCACGUGGGAUGAAGAUCUUAUUCCUCCCAGCAAAAGGAGUUGGCCGCCAAUGCAGUAUGAUGUCGGAGAACCCAAACUGCUUGGUCGUAAAGUGGAUACUCAGGACAUAAUUGAAUUCUUCGUUAAGAACAUGGUGAAUGAGAACCUGGGAGCAAUCUGCAACGCACACGUGGUCCACGCAGAUCUCAGCGAAUAUGGGGCUCUGGACGAAAAAUGCAUCAAGUUGGCGGAUUUAGCCGCAACAGCUGUUGACUUCCCGAAAACCGGGAAGAUAGUAACAAUGCCGGGUAAUCUUAAACCGAAGCUCUACCCGGACUUCAUGGGGAAAGAAGACCAUCAGUCGUACAAGUCUAGCAAGAUCCUGGGAAGACUGUAUCGCCAGGUCAAGGAUGCAUACGAAGAAGAGACGGCUGCUGCAUCAUUGGAGCCCAUCAGCACCAGCAGCUCUCCCAUCGACAUACACUACGACUGGGAUCUGGACGUUCUGGGAGCAUCCGAUUUCAUAAUGGAAGCGUGGGACCUGAAGCGCUCGUACGAUGACCAGCUGAGAGGCCUUCUUCAACAGUACAAAGUGAAGAGGGAGGAAGAGAUAGUGACGGGACAUGUCUGGUCAAUGCCGAAGUCAAACAGCAGGAAGCAAGGCGACUUGAAGGAGAGGCUGAAGCAGUCGUAUAGUGGCCUGAGGAAAGAGUUCCGCCGAAUGUUUGAGCAGAUGGAUGAUGGUUUCGAGGAGCUACCGGAUGAAGAGAGGAACAUCAUGUACGAGAAGAAAGCAUCGGCUUGGUAUCAGGUGACUUACAAUCCUACGUGGGUGAAGAGGUAUGCCAAGUUGCAGGAGGUUGAUGGUGCUGUCAAUUUUGUGAUGCUCAGCUUCCCAUGGAUUGCAGCUGAUUACCUUGCGAGGGUGAAGGUUAAGCGAAGGGAAAGGGGAAGCGGUGACGGGAAUAAGCCCAUUGAGGUUCUGCGAAGGUACAUUGCUGAGAGGUUAUGAGUUGUGAUCCCAACAAUUAGGUCAAGUCGUUGUUGUGGUUGAGCCAUUGAUUUCGUAGCAAGUCCACUCUGCCAUGGUUUGCUUCUAUGUUGCUUCUUGUUAAAGUAGUUCAUACCUUGUAUUGCAAGCAUGAGUCUUAGUUUAGUUAUAGUUGCUUGUGUCCUCGAGUCUAUCAUUCGGUCUAUGCAAUAACAGUGAUGAAACUUCAGAUUUCUUAUUGUCAAUUACCGUGUUCGUCCAAUGCUUGAUUUUAUCUAUGACUCCCAACAUUUAUAAACAAGGUCUCACAGG